UUUCGGUUCGGCUCAGAGACGUUUCCCUCUUUUUAUUCUCACUGUUCUGUGCCUGAGGCACCUUGGUGUUUCAGUUCCUGCAUCUUCAUUUUAACAACGGCCUCGCGUUUCACCCCACACUACCCCAUAUAAGUGGAUCACAAGGCCCCGAACACGAUGCUUCGACAACACUUUUCUUCACUGACAACAGGGCGUCGCAAUGGCCCAAACGGCGCCAGCGCCAAGCCGCUAAGGCGUUCCCCAGGCAGGCAGGCACGCCCGCGCGCCAGGCACAGGUACCACAACAGACACAGGACAUACGUCAACACCCCUUGCUUCCAUUCCACUCCCUCUCCACCGACCUCUUUUACAGUCUUUUCCGGUCUUUUGCUCGAAGCUUCUCAACCCGGCCCAGUCCGAGUCUCCUUCCUUUCUCAAGCUGCAGGGCGGCAGUCACUCACUCAUUCUCAACGAGGUGCCUCUACCUCUGCUUGCGCUACAUUCAUUCACUGCGCUCUGGCCAAACCCUCGAUUGCAUCUUCUCGGCUAGCACCUUUACGUGGCAUUUUCUCCAACAACAUUCCGUAACAUUCCCUUCACCACCACCAUGAGGUCCAUUGUUUUGGCGAGCGCUCUGGCAGCGGGUAUCUUUCUGGGCACUGCGAGCGGACGCCCUCUCAGU